AUGAUUAUACGAAAAAGGCGAUCAGUAUAUAAUACGCGACCUGCAAAAGAUCAACAAGUUGAAUUUUAUCAAGAUGUGACGCAUUUCGUGAGACGAUUCGUCAAUUCUGCGGUUAUCUCCGCAAUGAAAAUUGUCGCUGUGAUGGCUUUGAAAAAUUGGAUGUUUCGUGUAAAAUUUAUCUGCCUUAACAAAGAAAACACUACUGAAUUCUACAUGUAUCAUGUUCUAUGGAGCAUACCCACACCGGCAUAUCCGGAGCCAUAUGUGACUGUCAGCGUGUUCUUCUGCAUCGCGGCGAGUCGCGUGCAGCCGCCGUACUUUCCAGUCGACGUGACAUAUGUAUUCGAGGGACAUCAGUUUGUGCAUCGGUUAGACAUAGUUUUUCAACCAAAGUGGCUUUAUGAUAUUCUCGACAUGAAGACUAUGCUGUCCAAAACUUUCACAUUUUAA